AUGAAUUUUCUAGCUAUUCAUUUUUUUUUUCUUUUUCCUUUAGACCAAACCGUAGCCACAUCAACCAACAGCACAGCUGCCACAGUGAAAUACUUAAAGAACAUCAAUAUUUUCCUCCACUGCAUAAUAUGUGUGCUUGGUGUUGCUGGAAAUGGAAUGGUCAUCUACAUCGCAGGCCUCAAAAUGAAAAGGACCGUCAAUACCAUCUGGUUUCUGAACCUGGCGGUAGCUGACUUCCUGUUUUCAUUUUUCCUGAUCUUUAAUGUAAUUUACGAAUAUCGUGAUUUGGAUUGGCCUUUUGGUGACUUUGGGUGCAUGUUGAGUAGCCUGGUGACCGUGCUGACUAUGUUUGCCAGCACUUUCCUGCUGACGGUGAUCAGUGUGGACCGCUGCCUGUCCACCUGGGUGGUGGUGUGGGCCCGGACUAAACGAACCGUCCUGAAAGCGAGGAUAAUUUGCCUGCUUAUUUGGUUAGCAGCAGUUGCUUGCACCCUGCCUUGUGUCAUCUUUAGAAAAACGCGUCGCAUUUCUCCACAACAAACAGUGUGCAUACUUGGUUUUUCGGGACUGGAAGCCUACAAGAGGGUGGUUGUGUUCCGUUUUGUAGUGGGUUUCCUCAUUCCGUUUGUCAUAAUCUUGGCUUCUUACGUGGCGAUCGGAGUACGAGUUAAGCGCCUCCGGAAAGACAAUAAACUAAAACCCUUCCGUAUUAUCCUAGCUGUAAUCCUGGCCUUCUUCUUCUGCUGGCUUCCCUUUUAUGUUCACAGAUUCCUCGAAGUGACGUUGCAUGAAAUGAAUGCGACAAACCCAUCAGUAGAGCUGACCAACUUCAAGAAUGUUUUUGACCAGAUAGGGCUCUUCAUAGUCAGUCUUGCCUACUUGAACAGCUGCCUGAAUCCUUUCUUGUAUGUAUUCAUGUGUGAAGAUUUUCAGAAAAAGCUCAGGCGGUCUUUGGUGAUGGUGUUCGAGAGCGUCUUCGCAGAGGAACACCUGGCUCUCCUCUCGCAACAUUCCCAAUCCCAACACAGAUCUCAUUCCCAGAGUGGACCGGGACCCAGUUUGACCCAGUCUGUGACACUUGAGAGUUAAAUUAAACAUUCACAAUAUCAAAUGUGUAUUUAAAUUAAAUAACAUACAAAAAAAGGAAAAGCACAUGCAAUUCAGCAAAAUAUUAACAGUGUGUUCUUCAUUUGUUUUUUAUGUUGUGAGACGGAAGCUGAUGUGCCAAACGUUAAAAAUUAUAAAU